CCCACGGCUUGCGAGAGCAGCAGCGCUACGCCACAGUUGGCAAGUUGUCAUGUAGCGUCAUACUUGUCGUAGAACAGCUCGAACAGUUCGUUCAUUUGAACGCUAUUCCGUUAUUCGGGAUUCACAGCGUUUUUCUCAAGUCAGCGUUUGCCCAACUAAAACUCGGGAGACUGCCGGAAUAGAAGGCUUGGCAGCUCCGCGCACGGAGUGACGGGGGUUCGGUCGGCCGGAGAUAUGGAGCAAGCUAGUGAGCCACACACUUUGCUACGUUGUUGAUAGAAGUGCUACAUUGUUGAUGGCCUGCAUCCAAGCCAUGGAUACUGCCACCCCUACAUGCCCCCCGGUGCACCAAAAUGGGACUGCGCACCAGGAGUAUCGGGAAUCCAGGCCAGCCACGCCGGUCCUCAGGCUUCAUCUUUACCACAGCAGUCAGGGAGGGUCGGAGUGCUCUCCCCUCAGCUACCAACCUGGGGACUAUGUAGCCGAGGAGUUGUGCAUGGAUGCAGCUAAGGCAUGCAGUGUUUCACCUCUAUACUGCAGCCUUUUUGGUCUCUUCCAAGAGCAAGACAGCCUGUGGUUCUCACCCAACCAUGUUUUCCAGCUUGAUGAGUCAUCAUCUGAAGACAUAUUUUUUAGAAUAAGGUAUUACUUCCCUGGCUGGUACAGCAGUGGUGCGUCCCGGGCUUACCGGUAUGGAGUCAACAAGGGGUCAGAGAGCCCUGUCUUCGACGACACUGUCAUGGCAUACCUCUUUUCUCAGUGGAGGUAUGACUUCAUCAAUGGCUUGGUGAAGAUCCCCAACUCACAUGAGGCCAAGGAGGAGUGCCUGGGUAUGGCUGUUCUGGACAUGAUGAGGACAGCCAAUGAAAGGCAGAUGUCACCACUGAAUAUUUACCACACAAUAAGCUACAAGUCUUUCCUGCCUAAGGACAUGAGAGCACAGAUCCAGGAAUACAGUUUCCUGACACGUAAGCGGAUUCGCUUCCGCUUUAAGCGCUUCAUCCAGCAGUUCAGUCAGUGCCGGGCUACAGCGCGAGACCUCAAGCUCAAAUACCUCAUCAGCAUGGAGUCCCUGGAGAGGGCCUUCUUCACAGAGACCUUCCAGGUCAAGGAGCCCAACAGUGGGCAGCUCACCGUCCUGGUGGCAGCGGACAGUGGCAUCCAGUUGUGUCUAGACAGGCACAAAGACUCUGAGCAGGAACUGCAGACCCUGUGUGACUUCCCUGAUGUCACUGACAUCAGCAUCAAACAGGCCAACAAGGAGAGUGCUGCAGAGAGCCGGGUGGUUACCAUCAACAAGCAUGACGGCAAGAAAAAGGAGCUGGAGUUCCCCAGCCUGGCCAAAGCACUGUCCUUUGUGUGCCUCAUCGACGGCUACUAUCGGCUAACCACAGAUGCACACCAUUACCUCUGCAAGGAGGUGGCACCCCCUAGGCUUGUGGAGGCCACAGCUUCCCACUGCCAUGGCCCCAUUUCAAUGGAGUUUGCCAUUAACCGCCUGCAGAAGUGUGGAAACAAGCGGGGGUUGUAUAUUUUGCGAUGUAGCCCCAAGGACUUCAACAAGUUCUUCCUGACCUUCCCUCUAGGGGUGUACAAUACUGUGGAAUAUAAGCACUGUCAGAUCACCAGGUCUGCCAAUGGGGAGUUCAACCUCAGCGGAACCAAAAGGAACUUCGGCAGCCUGCAGGAACUGCUCAGCUGCUACCAGAAGGAAACUGUGCGCACCGAUGGCAUUGUUUUCCAGUUCAGCAAGUGCUGCCCACCGAAAUCCAAAGAAAAGUCAUGCCUUCUGGUAUGCAGGAGUAAUAAGGACUCAGAAGUGCCUCUCUCGCCGUCGCUGCAGCGUCAGAGCAUCAGCCAGAUGGUGUUCCACAAGAUCAGGAAAGAGCAUCUGGAGUUUAGGGAGAGUCUAGGUCAAGGGACAUUCACCAAGAUCUUCAAGGGGGUCCGCAAAGAGCUCGGAGACUACGGGGUCAUGCACCAAACGGAUGUCGUCAUGAAAGUCCUCGACCAGGCUCACAGGCAUUACUCCGAGUCUUUCUUUGAAGCUGCCAGUAUGAUGAGCCAGUUGUCCCAUAAGCACCUGGUCCUCAACUAUGGUGUGUGUGUCUGCGGAGAGGAAAACAUCAUGGUGCAGGAGUAUGUGAAGUUUGGCUCGCUGGACACCUACCUGAAGAAGAACAAGAACUCGGUGAACAUCCUGUGGAAGCUGGAGGUGGCCAAGCAGCUGGCGUGGGCCAUGCACUUCCUGGAGGAGAAGAACCUGGCUCAUGGGAACGUGUGUGCUAAAAAUGUUCUUCUGAUCAGAGAAGAGGACCGCCAAAAUAGAACCCCACCUUUUAUCAAACUUAGCGACCCUGGCAUUGGCAUCACCGUCCUGCCCAAAGAGAUCCUGAUUGAGCGGAUCCCCUGGGUUCCUCCUGAGUGCAUUGAGGACUCUGCCAACCUCAGUCUGGCUGGAGACAAGUGGAGCUUUGGCACGACGCUGUGGGAGAUCUGCAGCGGCGGGGAGAAGCCAUUGGCAACACUGGACAGCUCUAAGAAACUCCUGUUUUAUGAGGACCACCACCAGCUGCCUGCCCCCAAGUGGACCGAGCUGGCUAACCUGAUCACCAGCUGUAUGGACUACGAGCCCACAUUCAGGCCCACAUUUCGGGCAGUUAUCCGUGACCUCCACAGUCUCUUCACACCUGACUAUGAGCUGAUCGUAGAAAGCGACAUCCUACCAAAUAAGACGAUAGGGUCUGGCUGGAUGACAGAAAGCUUUGACAGCCAAGAACCAGCCCAGUUUGAAGAGAGACACCUCAUAUUCUUACAACAGCUGGGCAAGGGCAACUUUGGCAGUGUGGAGAUGUGUCGGUAUGACCCGCUUCAGGACAACACUGGGGAGGUGGUGGCUGUGAAGAAGCUCCAGCACAGCACCGCUGAGCAUAUACGUGACUUCGAGCGCGAGAUCGAAAUCCUAAAGUCCCUCCAGCACGAGAACAUCGUCAAAUACAAAGGCGUGUGCUACAGUGCAGGCCGGCGGAACCUCAGGCUCAUCAUGGAAUACCUUCCCUUCGGGAGCCUACGGGAUUACCUCAUGAAGAACAGGGAGAGGAUCGACCACAAGAAGCUGGUGCACUACAGCUCCCAGAUCUGCAAGGGCAUGGAGUACUUGUCUAACAAGAGGUACAUCCAUAGAGACCUGGCAACCAGGAACAUCCUGGUGGAGAGUGAGCUGAGGGUGAAGAUCGGAGACUUUGGCCUCACCAAAGUCCUGCCUCAGGACAAGGAGUACUACAUGGUCAAAGAGCCGGGAGAGAGCCCCAUCUUCUGGUAUGCCCCAGAGUCACUGACGGAGAGCAAGUUCUCUGUGGCCUCUGACGUGUGGAGCUUUGGCGUGGUUCUCUAUGAGCUUUUCACACACAGCAACAAGAACUGCAGUCCCCCUGCUGUUUUCAUGGCCAUGAUGGGAAAUGACAAGCAGGGCCAGCUCAUCGUCUACCAUUUAAUCGAGCUUAUCAAGUCGGGCAGCAGGCUGCCUCAACCGCUGGGCUGUCCAGCGGAGAUACACGAGAUCAUGCAGGAGUGCUGGGACGGCAACCCUGGGCUUCGCCCCUCUUUCAAGGAGCUGGCCCUGCGCGUAGACCUGUUCAGGGACAGUAAGGAAUACUAGAGAGAAAACACCCCAAAGUGCCGUCCCUUCUGAAGUGACAGGGGGUCCGAUCAGGGUGCCUCUCUCCGGCAGUGCGCCAGGGGCCCCUGCGAUUGUCCUCGAGUUAAGAGAAGGCUGCCUGCUUGAUACAGAAGUUACCGUUUCAACAGCUACAACAGCUGCCAGACAGCGUCUGUUGAGGUGCCUUCGAGAAAAGGCACAAAAAAAAACCAGCGAAAGCACCAGUAGGGGCUGUUGGAGUGCCGAGCAGGAGAGGACCAUGGUUGUGCCGGGGGUCAAUAUGAAGAACGGUGCAAAUGUGAAGCAGGGCAUCACUGGAAAUGAUUUUUUUUAAUCGCUUUGUAAGAGUUAAUGGAGACUCAUAGCAGUCUACUGCAAGGACUGGAAGGUGUGUGUGUGUUUGUAUAUAUAUAUAUAUGUGUACUUGUAUGUAUGCGUAUGUGUGUGUGUGUCCUUGUCCAAACAGCUAGCAGGGCUAGCUCUUUUUCCCAUCCAAAGGAUAUUUGACUAAUAAGAGAAUUUUUUUAAUGUGUGUAAAUACAUAUACUUAUGUAAAAAUAUACUUUUAUAAUUUUAUAAAAUGGAAAUAUAUCUCUAUAUUUCAACUGCUGGCAAGCAGUCAUAGCAAGUGAAGUAUAUACAGAGGUGAUUUGAGAAUCCAUUACUGCUUCUGUUUAUCUGUUUGUUUCUUCAUUGUGAAGCGGAUGGCAUGAGAUUUUAAAGAUAAAAACAGUUUUGC